AUGACGAGCCCAGAUUCGCAAACCGAAUCCCUGGACCAGCAACUGUUGGAGACCAUAACUGUCCAAGAUCGCCAGUACCAAAAAUAUUCGAUCGAUCACCACAUAUCGUUUGUCCCUAUUGAUGAUGAAGAAGAAGAGCGUCUCGAGAUCCAACAUCGCGUUUUCCAAAGGGUAUUUGACGACCGACUCAUUUUUCCGCCGGUCCCUCGGCCUCGAAGAGUGCUUGAUUGUGGAUACGGAGCGGGAUCAUGGGCUAUCGAGGCUGCUUUGCGAUAUCCAGGAUGCGAGGUGAGAGCCCGAAAAGCCUUUUGCUUCAAGCGCACUGACCGUCGCUCGUCAAAGGUAACUGGGGUGGAUAUAUCAUCGCACAUGAUUCCAGACGACAUACCGGACAAUCUGUGGUUACAGGUCGACGAUCUGAACCGUCCGUUCACUUUCCCUUCGAAUUGGUUUGAUCUUGUUCAUUCGAGGCUCCUCGCUACCGGGCUCAACCGUUCCAGGUGGCAGUCAUACUUUCAAGACAUCAAAAGGGUUCUGAAACCAGGUGGCUGGGUACAGAUAGUCGAGAUAUAUUUCAACGUUCAAUCCGAUAACGGUUCGAUUACCGAGGAACAUGGCUUAAGACAAUGGAGCGCGCGGUUCAUGAGAUCAUUGGAAGACACCAAAGAUCUCCGUGUGGGAACGCGCCUAAAAACGCUCAUGAUGGGAGCAGGGUUGGUGGAUGUCGACGCGAGGAUGAUACCACUGCCACUCAGUGCAUGGUCUGGUGAUCCACGAAUGCGAGAAAUUGGCUUGGCAAAUCGAGACAACGUUCAGCGCUUAUUUUCAGCAUUGGCACAUUAUCCUUUGACACAACGGCAGCAUAUGCCUCAGGAGGAAUUCCAAGCACUGGUGACCAAGGCCGCGCAAGAAGCCGACAAUCCCAAAAUCAAGGCUUAUUUCCCCGUGUAG